UCGGGGCUCCGGAACUCCGGUGCCAGCCUCGCAGGCAGUCUCGGCGUGUCACUUUGCAAAUCGUGGAGGCCAGCGCCUCGGGCUGUCAGCGUGCGCCGCGCGGGGACCGAACCCUGUUUAUUGACGGCGGCUGCCCGGGCUGGGCGUAAAUGCCCGCUCUCCUCGGCGGGCCGGGCUCUGGCUGCUAGACUUGGGCGGCUCGCUGGGCCCGCCCUGGCGCCUCCCCCAUGCUGCUUGGGGCGUCCUGGCUGUGCGCGUCCAAGGCGGCGGCCACCGCAGCUCGGGACGAGGGCGAGGACAGGCAGGGUGAACAGCAGAGGGGGGCCCAGGCGAGGACUGAAGAGGAUAUGGACGAGUCAUCGCUGCUGGAUUUGCUGGAAUGCUCUGUGUGCCUGGAGCGCCUGGACACUACGGCCAAGGUGUUGCCAUGCCAGCACACCUUCUGCCGACGCUGUCUGGAGAGCAUCGUGUGCUCGCGCCACGAGCUACGCUGUCCCGAGUGCCGCAUCCUGGUGGGCUGCGGUGUGGACGAGCUGCCCGCCAACAUACUGCUAGUGCGCCUGCUGGAUGGCAUUCGCCAGAGGCCCCGCACGGGUGCCAGCCCGGGGAGCAGCCCUCCCGCGCGCCCGGGCCCGGGUUCGUUCUCAGCGCUCGCUGGCGGCGCUGGAGGGGCGACCGGCAGUCCCCCGCGGUCGCCAGUCUUUCUCUCAGCGGCGGCAGGCAGCUCUACCUCCAGUUUGUGCGACGUGGCGACUAAUAGGAGCGUGCCAGUGGCUAAGAAUCUGUCCCAGCUUCCCUAUGCCAAGGCGCUCUACAGCUACGAGGGGAAAGAACCUGGUGACCUCAAGUUCAACAAAGGGGACAUCAUCAUCCUGAGACGCAAAGUGGACGAGAACUGGUACCACGGCGAGCUGCAGGGCACGCACGGUUUCCUCCCAGCCAGCUACAUCCAGUGUUUGAGGCCCUUGCCGCAGGCUCUGCCCCAAGGCAAAGCACUUUAUGAUUUUGAGAUGAAGGACAGAGACCAAGACAAAGAUUGUCUGACCUUCACUAAGGACGAAGUUUUAACUGUGAUCCGGCGAGUGGAUGAUAAUUGGGCGGAAGGCAUGCUAGGAGACAAGAUUGGCAUCUUCCCUCUCCUGUACGUGGAGCUCAACGACUCUGCCAAGCAACUCAUUGAGAUGGACAAGCUGUGCCCUGCCGCCACCACUGCAUACAACUACGAUGCCCUCUUGUCCUCUGACCCCAGCACAGUAGCCAGUGUGGCCCCUGGUCCCACCCUAAGUAGCUCGGGGGCAGUCAGUGCCUUUCAACGACGCGUGGACAGCAAGAAGAAUGCCAAGAAGCGCCACUCCUUCACUGCGCUCAGCGUGACGCACAAAUCCUCACAGGCUGCCAGUCACAGGCACUCCAUGGAAAUUAGUGCUCCGGUGCUGAUCAGCUCCAGCGACCCACGCGCCGCAGCCAGGAUUGGGGAGCUUGCCCAUCUGUCCUGCGCUGUCCCCACCCAGGACUCCUCUUCCGCUGGACCUGUCCCCACAGCCCUUCCACGAGCUGCUGCGGUGGCUGGAGAACAGGGCGUGUCUCCCAAAGUCCAGCUGCCCCUCAACGUGUACCUGGCUCUCUAUGCAUACAAGCCCCAGAAGAAUGAUGAACUGGAGCUACGCAAGGGGGAGAUGUACCGUGUGCUUGAGAAGUGCCAGGAUGGCUGGUUCAAGGGAGCCUCACUAAAAACCGGUGUCUCGGGGGUAUUCCCCGGGAACUAUGUGACGCCCGUCUCCAGGGUUCCUGGAGGAGGAACUGGAUUACCCUGGAAUAAUGUCCUUGGAGGGUCUCCAUUGGCCAAGGGCAUGGCCACCAUUAUGCACCCUGGAGGUGGAAGUCUGAGCAGCCCAGCCACUGCCGCCAGGUCUGCCCUGCCUCUCGCCACACUACAGGAUCACAUGCAGCACCCAGCCACCUCCCUACCAUCCGGCAGCUGCCUUCGGCAUUCAGCUCAACCAACAGCCAGCCAGGCCGGGGACACCACCAUCCCAACAGCUACCCAUCCCCCCGCCCAGGCCCUGGACCGGCCAACUGCCACCGUGUCACCCCUGCGCACUCAGACUUCUCCAUCCCGCCUGCCCAGCAACGGCCUGCGACCCCGCUCCGUGGCGUCCCCACAGCAUGGCCAGCAGCCCCCGGCACAGAUGUGUGCCCGGCCAGCCAUCCCCUUCGCAUCAGCGGCCUCCGCCAUCACACCCCCCAACGUCAGUGCUGCCAACCUCAGUGGGGAGGUCGGAGGGAUGCCCACCAGCGGCCUGUCCACACCCAGCCUCAUCAACACGGGAUACAAGCCAGAGGACAAGAAAAACGAAAAGAAGGAGAAGAAGAGUGGGCUGCUGAAGCUGCUGGCCGGGGCCUCGACCAAGAAGAAGUCACGCUCCCCGCCAUCUGUAUCUCCGACCCACGACCCCCAGUCGGCCGUGGAUACUUCACUUCAGGGUGCCAUGGGCCCUGAAGUGUCCCCAUUGACCUUCCAUGGUAGGGCAGGUUCAUGCCCCAUAGAGAGUGAGAUGCAGGGCGCCAUCGGGUUGGAGCCGCUGCACAGGAAAGCAGGCUCCUUGGAUCUGAAUUUCUCUUUGUCCCCGUCUCGGCAAGCAACUCUGUCCAUGGCUUCCAUCCGCCCUGAGCCUAAGCCACUGCCCAGAGAGAGGUACCGCGUGGUGGUUUCGUACCCUCCGCAGAGUGAAGCGGAGAUCGAGCUAAAGGAAGGUGAUAUCGUCUUCGUGCACAAGAAGCAUGAAGAUGGCUGGUUCAAGGGGACGCUGCAGCGGAAUGGCCGCACGGGUCUCUUCCCAGGCAGCUUUGUGGAGAGCUUCUGAGACCACUGCUCAUGGCUAGCUUCUGCUGUCCAGGAGAGAGCGGAGGACGCCUUAUCACCUAGGUCCGAGCAAGGGUCUUUCUAAAGCACCGGCCAGAGACAAGCCAACUGGGGUGAUGACUCACCUGAAGCACACAUGGGCCAUGGCGUGUUUGUGAAGGCAGGCCAUACCCUCAUGUGACAUCCUACUGGAAACACAUGUGGGUGUCCUGCAAGACCACGCCAUGAGUCUGAGCGAGCAGUAGCACAGAAAACGUUACCCAGGUGGACAAAGGCACUGCUCUGCCACCCAGCAGCUAAAGCAGCGUUAUUGUGUAAGGUUGGGAGCCCGGGAGGGUAUAGAGUGAGGCCAUGUGCUAGGGCUGACAGCAAGACGAGCAUCUUCCCUGCCUGCCCUGGGUACUAUUCCUCUAUAUACCUCUGUCACCUACCACCGGGCCCCACUGUCAGGGCAUCCAUGGUUCAGGAGCCUCCUAGAAGGGCUUUGAGCCUCCCAGGGUGUCCAGUGGGGUCCUGUGGGGCACUGGAGCAGAACCCUCGUGUCUUUGUCUCCUACUGGGAUAAUGAGGCGCACCAUCCGGUUCCACCACCCGGUCUUCACACUGCUUCACACUGCUUCCUUUGUAUGGCACACCUUUUUAAUGUACAACUUUAUAUAUUUCUAGUAGGUCAGACGCUGCAUAUUUUUCAUACCUCUGGUGCUGAUUUUUUGUAAAACUAGAAACCAGCCCGGGUGAGUGUCAAGGGGGGGAGGGAGUAACACAAAGGAAAGUUUCUGUAUUUCCCAAAUGAAGUUUACAACAUAUUGAGGAAUUCUCUCUGUGAUAUCAAAAUGCU